CAUAUUUCGUUAUAAUGCAAGACCCAGUGCUUUAAUGUUUACAAGAAAAUCAUUACUCUAAAUAAAUAAUUGGUGUAUGUGUUAAUUCAGAAUGCUAAAAAAUCAGACCAUAUUGUUAGUAAUGUCUAAAAUGCUAUCUGCAUUCAGAACAUCUUCAUGAUCUUUAAGAUUUUACAGACUUUUAUAAUUAUGUGUAAGAAGGGUUGAAUACUUAUAAUAAAAUGUAAAAUCUAGCAGAGGAAUUACAAUCUAUAGCUAAACUGAUUACCAUCAUUAUAAAUUAAUUAAGUUUCAACCCAAAGAUCAAUCUUAAAGAUAUGUCCAUUAUAGCUAUUAACAAUCUCAUAAAUAAAAUAAUAAGAGUGAAAGAAGUGGAGAAAACUAUGAAAAACAAUUUAGAAUUAGCAAUGAUACCAUUAUAAAAAAUCAAAUAAGACUUUUAAGAAUUAAUACAUAAAAAUAGUAUAUAAUAUUUAAUAAUAUAUUUAAGAUGAAUAAUAAUUGAUUAGAGAAGAACCUCAUAAAAAAAUACCAUAAAAGUCUAAAAAAUAAAGGAGAGCAGUUAAAGAAUGUUCAAAAGGUCUAUAAAGUAAUAUAAUAUAAAAUUUAGUUAUUUAACAUUAAGUAAUGACAAAAUAAGAAGAAAUAAAACAUCAGAUUGUUUGUAUUAAACCUAGUAAAUCAAAAGAUGAAAAGAAGUAAUAAUAACAAUAAUAGAUUAUCCUUAAUUAAGGAAAAUAUUAAUUUUCAAAUUUAUACAAAAAUAGAGCAAUUAAUGUUAUAUAACCAGAAAAUUCAGCUGAGGGUUUCGGAUUUUGUGUAUGUGAUUAGGCAAUUUCUAAAAGUGGAAUAACUCUCAUAGCAUUUAGAAUAGUUAAAUGUGAUUGGAGAAUUCAUAUUGGAGUUUGUGAUAGAGAUAUUUUAAUUGAAUCUAAAUAUGAUCCUAAUUUAGCAAAUCUUGAUCAUGGGUAUAUUGUAAAAAUGAAUAUUCUAAAGCACUUAUCUAAUCAAUAAUUAAGGAGAUGUAUUCUCAACGGUAGAUAUUGAAAAUAAUGAUAAAUCAAAAUCAUUUAAAUUUUACAAUAAAAAUAUCAUUACAAUAGAAAUUGAUUAUCAAUUAUAGUAAAUAACUUGGAUUAAAAAAUAACCCAAUGAAACUUUUGUAUUAAUAAAUAUUAUAAUUAUUAGACUCUUAAAUUUGACACUUAGAAAGAACUCUAUCCAUGUGUCAAACUCUGGGGUUCUUCCAAAGUAGAAUUACUUAAUCCAAUAAUUCUUUAAUGA